AUAUUUUUCCCCAUUUAUAUAAUCGUCCCCUAUCCGAAACCUCACUCUCUAUCUCAAUUUUAAUCCCUAAAACUCACUUAGAUCUUGAUAUUUUGGAGCUGACAGCCUACGAUUUCUCUCUACACUCUACCCAUCUGUAUUCCGACACCACGAAUCAUCGGCCAUGUAUUUGGUCGUCACUAUUGUCGCCACCAAAAAACACACAGUCGGACCACUGAUCCAGACCCAGUAUACCGACGAUGGUCCGCUUCUAAGCCCUUACCAAGGGACCUGGCUACAUAGCCUUCUUCACAUUGGGAGCUUGGAAGGUUUCUUUCAAAAUCUCAUAUAUGUUGUCUUCUCAAACCCAUUAAGGGGAACAAAAUUAUAGAUACAUGUUGAUGCUUGUUGAUGAUCAUUCUAUUUCAAAGAGGUAAAUAAAUUAUAAACAUUUAUUGUUUUUCUUUGAUAGUGAGUUGGAUUGGUUAGUAUUAGAUACAUGUUCUGACCCUAAAACUAUAUACUCUCUCUGUCACUUGAUUCUCAUUCCUUGAUGAAGAACACUUGCAAACCACGGUUUGUCUAACCCUAUUUCUGUCUCUUGCUCUCAAAAGCUUCUAUCGGCUGCUUCUCAACCAUGAUUACUCUAUUAAUUUUCUGAUUAUGAAAUUUGUGUGUUUGUGCUGAUGUGUAGCUUGAAGAACCGAUAGUCUAAGUUUCACCUACAGCCCAUCUGUUUUCUCUCUUUCUCUUCCUCUUUGUCUCCUAAAAUAAUAUUCCUUAAACAUGUAUACAACAGGGGAUAAAUGGAAGGACUGAAAGCUUAAUUUUGUGUCUUGGCUUUGUAGGGAAACAAAUUUUGUGAGCAUGAGUAUUGAUUUAUGCUAAUGUUAAAUCUGGCACACCUGAUCAGGUGAUGAACCUCUAUCAAAAUGACAUGGUUAACAGUUAACAGUUGGGGACAUGUAUGUUUAUGCUUAUGUUUGGACUCGAAUUCACGUGUUAGUUUGGCAAGCCAUUUUUUUUUUAUUUGUACGCCCUUUGAUUAGGGCUUAACUUUAUUUUGACUGAUAUAGUUGGUGG